UUCAGCUGUAAGCUACACAGAGCUCAAAAAUGGAACCCCAAGUAACGAUCCACAGAUAUUACAGCCGGCAAGCAAAGUAUGCCGGUUCCGUGGAUGCGGAUUUGGAAUUGUGCAUCAGACACUGUGACGGCGACGCGGUCCGCAUCGAAUUGGUGAACCGGCAGCAUGGGGUCCAACUGCAGCGCAAGUUGCGCCGAUUGCUGCUGCUCGUCUUCCUGGCCAUCGCUUACUUUGUCGUAGUCUGCGAAUUUGAGGACAGAAAAGUACACUUCCUCCAGCCCCGCAUUCUGUACCCUCUGGUUACAACCGUUGCCGUGGCCAUCCUGAUGCUCCGCUCGACUCUUAACUUGGUGCAGGCGGAGCGACUGUUCUACAGCUGGGACAUGCCCCUUCAGAUAGAGACGGUGCGGUCUUUCGGCAGGGAAACGGUCUCGUGCGUCCAGAGAGGACACAUUCAGGACAUAGUGCUGAACGAAGUCAUUGAAGAUUUGGACGUGAAGUACAUGCUGAUAUUACGAACGAAAGGGAGCCUGUUCAAGAAACGGCCCAUUGUAACCCUUUUCAAUAGCCAAUCCCCAUCGUUUGAGUGUCUGCAGCACACAUAUCGCGUGCUACAUGGAUAUUGGCUGAACAGCACCAAGGAUCGAUCGGAGCAGUCCUACAGCAAGGACAAACAGUCCCUGGUGAAGUCGUAGUCCUUCACUAUGGCGCUAAUCUGUUAGUGAAUGUGCCUAUUAAAUAUAAAGACUGCCAAAGCCGAAUUAUACAAA